CAGUGGGAAGCCAGGACUCCAGAAGAUGGACUCCCCGGAAAAUAUCACCUCCGAGUACUCCUAUGAUUACAACUGGACCCUAGACCCCAGCCAGCCGGUGGACGGCCCCAGGCAGCCGGUGGACGGCCCCACCUCCAUGCAUCCUGCCCACGUGAUCGCUCUGAUCAUCUUCGUGGUCGUCUUCCUGGUGGGAGUACCAGGCAACGCCCUGGUGGUCUGGGUGACGGGCUCCGAGGCCAAGCGAGCCAUCAACGCCAUCUGGUUUCUCAACCUGGCAUUGGCCGACCUCCUCUCCUGUCUGGCGCUGCCCAUCUUGUUCUGGUCUCUGCUCAACAGCCAACAAUGGCCCUUCGGCGAGGCCGCCUGCCGCAUCCUUUCCUCCCUCAUCCUGCUCAACAUGUUUGCCAGCAUCUUGCUCCUGGCCACCAUCAGCACCGACCGCUUCCUGCUGGUGUUUAACCCCAUUUGGUGCCAGAAUUACCGAAGUGCCCGCUUAGCCUGGAUGGCCUGUGGCCUGUCCUGGGGCUUGGCCCUGCUGCUGACCAUCCCCUCCUUUGUGUUUCGGAUGUUGCACAGAGACUCCUUCUCAAAUAAGGUGAUGUGCGCGGUCGACUAUGGCGAGGACAGCAGGAAUACAGAGAAGGCGGUGGCCUUCACACGGCUGGUUGUGGGCUUCCUGUGGCCACUGGUCACCCUCACGAUCUGUUACACCUUCCUCCUGGUCCGGACGUGGCGCCGCAGAGCCACGCGUUCCACCAAAACCCUCAAGGUGGUGGUGGCCGUGGUGAGCAGCUUCUUUGUCCUCUGGCUGCCUUACCAGGUGGUCGGGGUAAUCCUGGCCCUGUCCCACUCUUCCUCGAAACUCUUCAAAAGCUUAUUAAUCUUUGACCCUCUGUGUGUCUCAUUUGCUUACAUCAACUGCUGCAUCAACCCCAUCAUCUAUGUGGUGGCCACCCGGGGCUUCCAUGCUCAAUUCCUCAAGUCCCUCCCUGCCAGGUUCCGGAGCAUGCUGACCGAAGAAUCCCUGGGCAUGGAGUCUAGGUCCCACACGAUGUCCACGGUGGACACCCCAUCCCAGAAGAGCCAGGUGGGAUAGGGGGAGGCCGCCCAGGCCACCUUCGACCUGGUAUUGUAGCAUCCUUCCCGGCUACGGUCUUUCUAGUGAUUUUUUUUUUCUGUAAAUUUUAUUAAUUUGCCAACCAUUUACAUAACAGCUGUAGUCACUGUCCACCAAAGCUCUGGUGUCAAUGUCCUACCCCUUCCCUCCCGUCUCCCCCUCUCCAUCUUCCUCCCUCUUUCUCUCUGGCCCUCAUAUUUUUCAGCCUAAGAAUUUACUUUGGCCGAGGUUUGCUAGUUUGCUCUUUUGUGGGUUUUUUUUUUUUUAUAUAUUCUGCAAAUAAGUGACAGUCGGUAUCUGUCCUUGAUGUUCUUCUUCACUUGGAAAUACCCUAGCGUCCCCAAUGCCACUGCUAGGUAUUUACCCAAAGGAUGUGGAAAUGCUAACACAAAAAGAUAUAUGCGCCCACUUGUUCAGAGCCAAGCCAUGAAGCACCCCAAGUGCCCAGCGACAGGCAACUGGCAACGAAAUCGUGGAAGAGGUAUUCAACGGAAUACUACUUGGAUAUUAAAAAAAUGAAACAGCACCUUUGGGAAAGCAUGCUCUGGUCUUUCUGCUGAUUGUAACUCAGUCCUGGGAGAGGUGGCACAGUUUGUAAAGUCUUCUCCAUUCCUUCUGUUUCCCCCAGACCCAUCCUCCUUCUUACAGGCAAACUCAUCUCAUCCUUCCUCAUUUCCAAGAUUAACACCUCUCUCCAGGGACACCCGACCUUUCUCUCCAUCCAAGGAACAGAAACCGUGUUCUGUAUGUGGUGGGCCUUCACACAGCAAUGUGUUUGCCUGUGCAGACUAGAUAAUGUGCAAUUCAUACAACACAGACCAAUCAAAACCUUUGAACCUUGUUUAAAAGUAGUUAGCCCUGCCACCUCCCCACCCCUGAUAACCACUGAUCUUUUUACCACCUUUUCCGGGAUGUCCCACAGUUGAAAACAUCCAGUAUAUAGCCUUUUUCAAAUGGGUUUUUUUCACUUAGUAAUAUUGCUUUUAGGAUUCCUUGUGUCUUGGUCUUUUCUUUAGAGCUCUGAGAAUAUUUCAGUGUUUGGAUGAACCACAUUUUACUCAUCCAGCCACUGAAGAAUAUCUUGUUUGUUUCCAACUUUUGACAAUUGCAAAUAAAGCUGCUGUAAAUAUCCAAAAUAAAGUUCCGCAUUUAUUUCAUGGAGUGUUGGAAAACAGCAUGACUGACACUUCCAAAGUUAUUCUCUUUGGGGACAAAGCAAAAAUAGAUGGACCUGUCUAAGCUUUUGUGAGUCAACUUAAAGGAAAACAGUAGGUUAACAUGUUACUUCAUUGGGUUCUUUUAAAAUGUAUUAAGUAAAAGGAUGCUCUGUGGUUAUGGUGAAAAGCAGGUGUGAGGAAGGCCUGCUGAAGGUUGAGAUUGGGAAAGAGCAGUGGGAAGCCUGCAGGAAAAGGGGAUGCAGGGAAUGUGACUUUGUCCUUUGUAAAUUGACGUUUUGUUUAAAUUAAAAAAAAAUAAGCUUGUAAUGUUGAGAUUAGUAUGGAAUCACAGGCCAUUGUAAGCAAUUAUGCCAAAGGCCCCUCUGCACCCUUGACCUCUUUCACUCCUCAGGGACAUCUUGCAAAAGGACAUUACGAUAUCACCACCAGGAUGUCGACACUGAUACAGUUGGGGUAAUGGACAUUUUCAUCACUACCAGAAAGUCCAGCCACGCCUAUUGCCAGCCCUUCCCCAGUUGUCCCUAACUCCUGGCAACCACCGAACUGCUUUGCUCUCCAUCUGUGUAACGUUCUUUCGAGAAUGUUCUCAAUAUGUCACCUUUUUCCAAUAGUCUUCUUCUUUUACUUAGUGAUAUUGCAGUU